AUGUCUUCUCCUCUCCCCAUCCGAACACCAAGGAAAACCCAACAACCGCGGCCAUUGGGCUCCUCGCCGGCAUCAUUUGCAGCUCCGCCGUCACCCUUCCGACCCCGAGCCAACAAGAAGAUGUCGAUCGCACAGACCUACUUCCUCGCCCACAAGGCGCGGGCAAAGCUGUCUUCGGAAGCUGCCCGCCCGGACCACAACCUUCGCCUUCUUGUCGGGCAUGCCAACCUUCUCGACUCGUUGAUGCUUGAGCUCGCCGAUGCCGAGAGGGAACAAGAAUCGUGGUUCAACCAGUCGGUCCGUGGUGCCUCCCACAGCGAGGAGAGGCACAUCCAAUGGGCCGACACCAUCGCCGAGGAGCCAGAGCAAGAAUGGCAGCCCGAGGACUCCGAGUCCGACUCAGACUCGGACUCGGACUCGGAUUCGGACUUUGACGACGAUGAGGACACUGAGAUGGCCGACGCCGUCUCGCUGAGGAGGAUACCUUCCCACGCGAUGCUGCCGCACAAGGCGGCAUACCCGUACGGCCUCGAGGCCGAUCAGGAGGAGGAGGACUACGACAUGGACGACGACGAGGAUUUUGCACAUCUGGCGCUGCAGCGGAGCCCAUCACACUCAGCGGGCUCUGCAUCAUCACCACCGGAGCUCGACGACGACUCGGACGACUCGACAGAAGACGAGGCAAUGCCGCCGUCGCCGCCAACAACCCUUCUCCCCGUAUUCGGGGAGACGCAGAAGGAGAGCAACGCAGCAUCACCAACAAACCACCCAGAGGACAAGACCGCCUUCUACGAAGAGGGGUUCUACUUGCCGCCACGAAACCCGGCGAGGCUCAUCUCGGCGAUAUCAGUUUACUGA